AUGUCGUCAAUCUUCACGAUCCUUUCCGUCGGGUGCGGAUGCAUGUCGGCGAGCACGCUGGCCUUCUUGGCCAUGUCGCAAGAGUCCACCAAGCGCUUCAACUACGUGGCCGCGUUGGUCACGGCCAUUGCGGCAACGGCGUACUGCAGCAUGGCAUUCGGCCUUGGUGUGGAGGAGGUGGACGGCCGCAACAUCUACUACAUGCGCUACGUGGACUGGUUCUUCACCACUCCCCUCCUGCUGCUGGACCUGGCGCUGCUGGCCGGAUCCGACUUCUGGGACACCUUUUACAUCAUUGGCAUGGAUGCGAUCAUGGUCUUGGCCGGUGCAUUGGCCUGCUUCUGCCCGGCGGGAAAGUGGCCGCUGUUCACCAUCGGCAUGGUGGUCUUCGUCCUCUUCCUGCAGAAGCUCUUCACGGGCACCAGUGCCAGCGCUCAGAAGUUGGGCGGAGAGGUGUACAAGAAGUUCAACACCGUUGCCACCAUAUCUAUGGGCAUUUGGUGGGUCUACCCGGUGCUGUUCAUCUUGUGCGAGGGCACCAACUUCUUGUCCGAAGAGCUGGAGGUCUUGACCUACGCCAUCAUUGACGUCAUCGCGAAGUGCGGCAUGGGCUUCUUGCUGCUGGGCAACCACAGCGUGCUGGAGGCGGCGAACAAGGAGCCCCUGCUUGGAAAGUGA